GUCAUUUUUGAAGAAUUCAUAAUUUUUCUGUCAAUAUUCAACUUUAUUCAAAUAUCAUAUUAGAUGCUAUAAUAUACCUACGUACAUUAGCUUAACAGGCCGGAUCCAUUCGCAGUUAUUAAGCACCUAUAAAUCUCCUGACAGCUCGCUAAAUACAUCAAUAACCACCUAUAACAAGAUGCCCAUAUUCACCGACCCAACACACUUCCCCUCCUUCAACGAACUUCCACCCACCUCAUCCCCCACCCUACCACAAGAAACCUGGUAUCUCAUAGCCCAAAUCCGGGAGGACAUGACAAUAACCAAGCCCACCCUAAUCGUGCGAGACCGCACAGGCAUCGACUUCGCCGUCACAUUCGACGACGGGGACCACCGCGGUCUAAACCCCAAUUCCACCACCAACACCACCAAAGGAAAAACCGGAUUCCGCAAAGGCCACACCCUAGUAAUCCCACGCGCAACCCGCACAGACCGAGGGGACGGCAAAAAAGCCGUAGUCCGGGUCCCAGCAGGCAGCGCAGCAGAUGUCCGAAUAGUACCCGGAGCACUGGAACGGGUGCUAGAGAUGGGCGCUAUAAUAGCAGGGAUUCGGGAGCAAGAAAAACAAGGGACGAGGGUGAAGAAAUGCGCUGUAUGCGGAAAGACGGAGGAAGAUGGGGGGAAAGAGGAUUCGCUAUCGCGGUGUACAGGGUGUGGCCUUGCGGCGUAUUGCAGUAAGGAGUGUCAGGUUAGGGGCUGGAAUGAGCUGGGACACAAGGCGAAUUGUAAGGUUAUUAAGGCGAUUAGGGAGAUAUGGCCCUAAGAAUUUAGGUGGUUAGGGCUGAGUUGGUACUGGAUUGAAUGGCCUGAGACAAGCUGAUUUGUGGGAUGAAAAAUACCAGGUACCGUACCUACCUAGAGAUCUAUAAGUAAUAGCCAUAAACAUUACAGUAAUACAGUAGUGUCAAUAAAAGUAGUCAACAAGGA